AGUCACACUCCACAAUUUUACAAGUAGAUAGUUAAUGUGUGUGUCUGUGUGAUAAGGUAAAAUGGCCUUUAUUCCUGUGUCUCAGGAUGAGUUCAGCUGUUGUGUUUGUCUGGAUCUACUGAAGGAUCCAGUGACUGUUUCCUGUGGACACAGUUUCUGUUUGACCUGCAUUACAGGCUGCUGGAAUCAGGAAGACCAGAAGGGUGUUUACAGCUGCCCCCAGUGCAGGGAGACCUUCACUCCAAGACCUGUUCUACGCAGAAACACAAUUCUGACUGAAGUUAUAGAGAAGCUGAAGAAGACCGAACUGCAGUCUGAUGCUAAGGCUCAUUCCUAUGCCGGACCAGGUAAUGUGGAGUGUGACUUCUGCACUGGGAGAAAACAUAAAGCCAUCAAAUUGUGUCUAACAUAUCUGAUUUCAUAUUGUGAAGUUCAUAUUCAGCCUCACUAUGAAGUACCUCGCUUUAGCAAGCACAAGCUGAUGAAUAUCACCUCACAGCUUCAAGAAAGGAUCUGCUCGCACAGCAGGAUCAUUGAAUUGUUUUGUUGCACAGAUCAGAAGUUAAUCUGUAUGCUCUGUUCCAUAGAUUACCACAAUGGACAUAAAACUGUCUCAACUAUAGCGAAACGGACCGAAAAGAAGAAAAAGUUGUCAGAGAUGAAGGUGAAGAACCAGACACAGAUGCAGCAGAGAAUGAAGGAGCUGCAAGAGGUCAACCAGGCCCUGCAAGCUCUAAAGGCCUCUGCACAGGCAGCUGUUGAGGACGCUGAGAGGAUGUUCACUGAGCUGAUCAGCUUCAUGGAGCAAAAGCGCUCUGAGGUGACCGAGUCGAUCAGAGCUCAGGAGAGGGCAGAGGUGAGUCGAUCUGAAGGACUCCUGGAGCAGCUGGAGUUGGAGAUCACUAAACUGAAGAGCAGAGAUGCUGAGAUGGAGAAACUUCUACAGAAAGAGGAUCACAUUGAUUUCCUCCAGAGCUUUGAUGCCUGCUGCACUUCACCUGUGUCAUGGAUGCAUUCCAGUAUAACUUUCACUCCACAUCUCUCCUCAACUGAUAUUAAGAGGACGGCCCUUAAAGAAAUAGAACACAUGGUGUUGAGGUUAAAUUUAGGCUUCAGGGUUGGGGACAAAGUCCGAGUGAAGGCUUCUGUUAAAAGUCCAAAGUACGGCUGGAGAAACGUCACUCACAGUAGUGUGGGUGUGAUAAAAAAGAUCGGUCGUCCAUGGAGUCCCAUGGUCGUUGACUUUCCGGAGUUCACGUCCUGGCCGGCAGCACCCUCUGAGAUGGAGCUGAUCCUUUGA